UGUCGCUUCAACGAGAGGCAAUAUAUAAGGUCCUUGAAAUGACGAAGUCGCACCAGUCGUGAAAUAGUCGAAGCUGUGAAUCGUGUGUUGUUGGAAAAUCCAUUAUGUCUCGCUCGAUAAUCAUAUUACUCGCUGGAUUGGCGAUACUUUCUACAGUCACAUGCGCAAAGCCUACCUGUAAUCGUCCAAAUGAGGAAUAUCAAUGUGGAUCCGCUUGCCAAACAACUUGUAGCAAUUUAGGCCAAACUUGUCCUAUAAUAAACAUCAAAUGUAACGAUGCUUGCUAUUGCAAGGAAGGAUACGCGCGGCGUACGAAUGAUAACAGUCCAUGUAUCCCCAAAGCAGACUGUCCUUGAAUUAAGAAGAUGACGAAGAGGCAGCAGAUAUAUCAAAAACUUUUCACAAAGAAAUAAAGUAUAUCUGUUAUUACUUUAAAUAAGUAUGGUGGAGGGAAGAGGGCCAGUGCGAGCCAAACUUUAAUAUAAUACUUUAAAUAAAUUGUAUAAUUUUGGUA